AUGAAUCGAGGUAUUAGCGCGGGAUAAAAGAGCUCAUGUGCGGAAGUCGAGUUGUGCGAGAAAAUGUGAACUUCUUAUGAUUGUAGGAUGUAUUUGGAUGUAAUGCUACUUAUAUUUGAAGCUAUACCAUGCAACACAGCUUGGCGGAAGAGAGAUAGUAGCCACUAAUUUUGCUACUGUAACCAGAAUUCACUUCCGCAAUGGACAUCGAGGUGGACAUAAUAGAGUUUAGAGUACCCACUGAAAAAAACAAAACACUGUUUGUCUGGGACAUACAGCCCACGUUUUCAGAAGCAUUUAUUUACGAAUCCAUCUGGAAUAUAUUCUGUAAAUUUGGGCCUCUGUACCUGGUGAAGGUGUGUCCGAAUGCUUCUGUGGCUGAACCAGGGUUCUAUGCCCUGGUGAAGUACUUCUCUGCAGCACAGGCAUCUAAAGCACAGAGAGCCACCCACGGAAGAGGGUUUUUCCAGAGUUUUCCCUUGAAGGUGAAGCUGAGCACAAAGCAAUACCCUCACUUCCUCCCCAAGGCCAAGCCACUGAGCCAUAGCAAGUGUCAGGACCUAUCUAAUCACUAUCUCGGCUUCAAUGGAUGGAGUACCCAUAUAGUCACACUGAAGGACAUUUCCAACUGUGAUGAUGCCGCCCGGCUGUCCACCACGCCUGCUGACCCCCAGGAGACGACACUCAAGUACGGCUGCAUUGUGGAGGUGACUUUCCCACGCCAUGGGCUGAGCUGCCGAGGGGUCGGCGUGGCGGAGGAGAUGGUGAAGAGCACUGCUCCAGACAUUGUCCUGCCAAAACGAGGAAAACUCCAGAGAUGGGCCAGGGACAAGGCCGUGGUGGACGCUUUUGAGAAGGUGUUGCUGCUGGUUUUGGGUAAUGGGAAGGUUGUUGUUGAAUGCCGGGUGGAACGGGAUGAUAUCCUACAAGAUGAGGAUCUGGAGGGCCUUGUAAAGGUGAAUGACAUCCCCUGGAGCCAAUUUGACCCUGAGGGCCAGGAAGAGGAUGAGGCUAUUCUGUGGGACCUCAGUGUCAAUAUGUGACAUUUACCUGCAGACAUUCACUGGUGUUCAGGUGUCACAGAAAAACUGACCAUUACCUCUUCAUUUCACUGGAAAAAAACUCAUGUCAUUCCGGAAGAUACAUUUGGUGAACUUGUUUUACAUUUUGACCAACUGCAUGAAAAUUGCUCUUGAAAAUGUUUUAAAUGCUAUGAACUGUGGACAGUAAUUUUAUUGAUGCAUAAAGUUAUUUUCUUAAGCUAUGAAGAGUUUCUCUUUGAAAAAGUCAAGUGUUUUCGUUCUGUGGUAAAAUGUCCCAGAAGUCCCUUUAGAGGGUUGAGUUUGUGAUGAGGCAGCGUAACAGUCAUAGUCUGCCAGCCGGCACUUCGAGUUGGCUUGCUCUACUGUGUGAGUGCGCGUGUCUGCGGUCACCAAGGGGAGUCCUACACCGCUGGCACGGUGUGCAUGCCAGCUUCCUCAAACCUUUGCCAGUCCCGCCAGUGCUAUUUAUGGCAUUCCAGUAGAUUGUCAUAUCAAAACGAAUGACAGGGAGUUUUCCUCUUGUUUUCGAUUUCAUUAGUUUUCUGUGUUUCCGUUUUCUAAAGUAAAACAUCUGAAUGGAUACCGAUCUUUAUCGUAGUUUGGUCCAUCUGUCUCAUGAAUGUGUAGAUGUUUGUCAGAACUCUACAAUGCCAAAAAUGUGUUUUCCCUUCUCAGUCUUUGUAACCAAAUGUUGUGAAUCCUUCGAUUAAACAUUUAUGAAUAUA